AUGAAAGCAAAAGCUGAUAUGAAUUGUGUUGGGAAGAUUUUUUGUGCAUUCGUUCUGCUCACCAUCACUGUGGCCAUGGUACCAAUGGAUAACAUCAGAGUGUCUAAAAUAGCUGGUUCCAACGUUAAUCUGACCUGUGGUGACGUUUCAAGGGCGUAUCUGGUAUCAGUAGUAUGGAAGAUAAGACCAAGGACUGGAAAUUACUGCUCACUGGCAUACAGAGCUGAUCUGAACAAGACAGACAGAACAAACUGCAGUGAGAGAAUGGAUUGGAAAUCUAGCCCUGAAACUGAUCCUGCACUUCAAAUACGGCAAGUGACAGUCACAGACGAGGGAUGUUAUAUCUGUGAAGCUGUAACUAGUGCUGGAAAUUUGCAUCAAACCUACAAUCUGACUGUAUUAGUCCCUCCUGAAGUGACCUUGACCUGUGACAGCAAUGGGACCGCUGUGUGCAAGGCAGCUGAAGGGAAACCAGGUGCACAGGUCUCUUGGGACCCAAAUGGAGAUCCCAGGACUGAGCUUGAAAAUCACACAGAUGGGACAGUGACUGUGCUCAGUACAUACAGCUCCAAAGAGACUAGUAUAACCUGUUUGGUCUCUCAUCCAGCUUGGAAUAUGACCCAAUCCAAGGAAUGCCCACCAGCUCCACUGUGGCAGGACAGUAAUGAGCAGCAGGAGUUGGAGCCCUACGCCAGCUACGUGCAGAAGGAAAACGUGAUCUACAACACAGUGUAUGAAGUAACAGUGAGUGAAGACCUCGCACCAGGGCUCCAGUCAGCAACGUGAGAAUCCAGCUGGGCCCGACUCACCACCUGUGUGAAGAAGGGGAACAGGUUGCAGGGAAGAUUGAUGAUACUGGAUUCCUUCCAGAAGAGGAUCUCCAUCACCAAACACUUUCCUCAUGGGAUUCUGGGAAGGAAGAAUCUGCAUAGCCACUGGGUGCCUCCAAACAUAUCUGCCUGCUGAUCAAUUCCUCUCAUUUCCUCUUUCCCUUUUUGUCUCCCCAUCUCCCCAUCCUGGGAACUGACUAGCACUGUGAAGAAUGGAGUGACCUGCUGCCAUCAGUUUCACCAUGGACAGCUCUUGUGCUCACAGAUCCCCACUGGCUGCCCUGACUUCAGCAAUCCAAACAUCUGACAUUUGCUUUUAGGCAUUAGUUCCGUGCCACUUUGGGAGGGGGAGGAGGAGGGAAACAGCCACUGACCAACUGCAAGUCUACUGUAAUAGUAAGGGCAUUGGUCAAUAGAGGAUAGAUCAGCUGGGAUGAGAGAUCAACAGAGUGUCUCCUUAUCCAUCCAAUCCUGAGAAGCAGCACUAUCUGUUGAGGACGUCCAUUGGGUAGGAAGAUGGUUCACAGACAAGCUGAAUAACUGGUCAGAUCUCCCAUUGAACACAAAAUGUUUUCUAUAGUCUGUACUUACAAGUCAUUCUCAGGAGUUUUCCACUGGUGGAAUCUCCUCCUUCAGGGAGCACAGGCAUUAACAUACUCCAUUACUCUGUUUCUAACAGUGGCCAAUGCCAAAUGUUUCAGAAAAAAGAAGCAAAACAUUGAUAAUGCCUCUACUGGGAUUGUGCAAUA